AUGACCCACCGCACGCCUCCAGCGUCACCUAGCAACCACCGACCCGUCAAAAUGGCGAGAAUGAGCGAUGGCAUGGACCUAACCGACGCGACGACCGGGAUGGAGGCUAUCCCCUCAUACCGACCCGACGCCAAAGCUAGGCGAUAUGAUCGUCAACUCAGGCUCUGGGCAUCAGCUGGUCAACGUUCACUGGAGGCCGCCAGGGUGCUGCUCAUAGGAUGUGAUGCCACCGGCUGUCAGGCGCUCAAGAAUCUCGUCCUUCCAGGCAUCGCCCACUUUACCAUUCUCAGUCCCCGUAGUGUCGAGGCACAGGAUGUCGCCACCAACUUCUUCCUCCACCCCGACACCAUCGGCCGAAAUAUCGCCGAAGAAGCUGUCAAACUUUUGAAAGAGCUCAACCCGGCUGUCGAAGGCUCAGCGGUAGUCAAGGAUCCCGCGCAGUUGCUACAGUCUGAUCCGGACUUCUUCUCGGCGUACACCUUGAUCAUCGCUUCCAAUGUUGAGCCUCAGCUCGAGAUGGACUUGGCAGAGAUCCUCUGGAAGGCGUCGGAAAAGGUCGGUGGACCGGAUGUCCCUCUUAUCUGCAUUCGCAACUCUGGAUUCAUUGGAAGGAUCGAAGUCCAGCUCAGGGAGCAUUGCGUGAGCGAUACGCACCCCGAGCAGACGCACACGCUCAGAGUGGACCAACCCUUCCCAGAGCUGGAGAAGGCCGCUCGCAGUCUGGACUUUGACAGCAUGGAUUCGAUGGAGCAUUCGCACAUCCCCUGGGUGGUCAUUCUGGCACGGGCAGUCAGCAUAUGGCGAGAGCAGCACGGUGGUCAAUUGCCCAACUCGGACGACGACGCGGAACGCGCGGCUUUCAAGGAUAUGAUCAAGUCGUGGCGACACAAGGCGGAUGAAGAGAACUUUGACGAGGCACUGCGGUCGUCGUAUCAGGGUUUCACCAAGUCUGAGCUAUUCGAGGAUGAAGCGGUUGUUACUGUCUCUGAGAACUCUAAAAACCUUCACAUCCUCCUCCAUGCGCUCAAGCAGUACACAUCUCAAGCUCCUCACCUUCCACCUAUCUCGCCUACCCUUCCGGACAUGCACUCAUCCACCACAUCCUACGUCGCCCUGCAAAAUCUGUACCGCGCCCAGUUCAACUCGGACUUUGCUCGAUUCAAGCAGAUCGUCGCCGAGACGCUUGGCCGGAUCGGUCUUCCCGCAGACGCCAUCCCGGCAGACGAGAUUGAGAGCUUUGCGCGAAACUCGGGCGGCGUUCAGGUCAUCAAGGGGCGGGCGUUGAAGGAGAGCAAGGAGAUGAGAGGUUUGGUCGCGGAGGUCUACACUAAUGUAGAUGAGCAAUUUGUGGAUGAGGAGAAGCCAAUCCAUCUCGGACUUCACCUCGCCCUGCUAGCCGCGGAGCGCUUCCACCUGGUCACAGGUCGAUGGCCAGGAUCGCCUGAAGCGGACGAUCUCGCCGAGGAGAAUCGCCAAGUCGAAGAGAUGGCUUUGUCGCUUCUUCAGUCGGUCGUUCCUGGUGCAGAAGGCGGACCGGAGACCAGCGAGGCUAUAGCUGAAGUCGUUCGUGGCGGCUUCUCUACGCUUCCCACCACGGCCGCCUUCCUUGGAGGGAUCGUAGCCCAAGAGGCCAUCAAGCUUGUCACCAAUCAGUACAUGCCGCUCGACAAUACGGUCAUCAUCGAUCUCGUCAAGAGCUCGAUGGAAAAGUACAAGUUCUAG